CACAGAUGAGGGUCAUGGGUUCAUUUCUCAGGGAUAAAGUCCAACAGAAGUUCUUAGAUUGUCUUAUAUUGUCAUGUAUGACACAUGUGAUGUUUGUUGUGUGAUGUUUGGUCUUCAUACAGUGAGCUGUAGUUUCCUUUUUCCUCGUAAACGAAACCUGAGUGUGGCGUUCAGACUGAUUCUUCCCCCCACUGUGGUUUAAAUGCAAACCUGACCUGUGUUGGUGGCGAACGCAAGUGUUUAUAAGUAAGACCCCCGUCUCCUGCCCCAGAGUGAAACUUCAUCAGACUGAAAGAUGAGCCUCAGAGGAAUCCUGUUAGUCAGCUUCAGUCUGCAGUGUGUCAUGAAUGUUCCCACUGUGACCGUGAGCGUCCGGCGCGAGCAGAACGUCUCUCUGCCCUGUGACAGCAACUACACCGGCUCCGGCUCUGUGAUGGCCUGGUACCGGCUGAACUCGGAGAGGAUUACUUUACUCGUGUCUGCGGUGAGAGGAAACGUGCAGAAGGACACGUUUAUUGUUGAGCACAAUGAGGAGCGAAGCCACUUCAGGCUGGACGGCGACAGCAGGCUGGAGAACGUGAGUCUGGUCAUCUCUGCGGUCAGAGAGGCGGAUCUCGGCCUGUACUUCUGCGCUGUUGGCGUCAGCUUGAACAAGAUGCUUUUCGGGACUGCUGUAAGACUCACGUUUGCAGGCGCUGAGCGGCGGCGGCACACAUCAGACGGCGUGGGCUGCUGGUCGCUCUGGCCCUGUGUUUGCAUCACAUGUGGGAUUUGUGGUUUUCUCUGCGCUGGUGUGCUUUGUUACAGAAAAAAUUCUUCUGUGGUCUCCUGCAUCAGCUGUGUGAAGGAGAACUCAAAUGUCCAGGCAGCACAGGUCCAGUAUUCCAGUCUCCGGUUCAUCCGGCGCUCCAGAGCAGCUGCUCCGGCUCCAGAGAACGUGACGUACGCAACCAUCGCCAAACACACGCCCUGAUUCACUGUCCAGAGUUCACAUCGCUUAGAAGUCGACUAUAACCUAUACCUGUAGCUAUAAAAAAUCUUUAAUGCACUACUGGUCAAAUGUUAGGCUGCAUUUAUUUGAUCAAAAAUACAGUAAAAACAGUGAAAUAUUGUUUUAUUAGCAUUAUAAAUGUUAUUAUAA